AUGCUUCCCGCUGCCACUUCCGCCCACAUCGCUCCCAAGGUCCUCCCCAUCGUCUUGACCGUUGGAGGCGCUACAGUUGCAGGCCGCUCGCUGAGCCGUCAAUACAACAGGGAGACAAUUCGGGCGCAACCUACACCACGAACUCCAUCUCAACCUCGAUCGAGAUAUUUCGAGCUGGUUCUUGAGUCUGUUUUCGCAUAA